AUGGCUACAGAAGAAGAGUACAGGCUCGAAGGACUUGGACUAAGUGGUUCUGAUCAACAUCUUCGUGCGAAAAUACGCCUUAGCCAUACGAUGGAAAAGAACAUCUGUUAUCGGCAACGAAAGAGAAAAGAAGUCGUAGAGGACUCCUUGUCUCAAGGUGACUGGCACAUCGAGGAGGACCCAAACGUGGACUACGAGAUGCUGCUCAGAGGAUUACGAGCCUGUGCUGAGCGUGCCUCGAAGCCGCGUACGACAAAGUUGGAUCUAACUUGGAAGACCGAAGGAAUUGUUGGAAAGAAGGACUUUGAAGCAUGA